AGCAAAAACGACUUUUCUUCUUAUAGAGAAAGAGGGAGACUUUUCUUGAUAGCUCUAUAUUUGUAAGGCGUCGAUCGUUCUUUGUACACCAAUCGGAGAUCCUGUCAGUGUUGUGAGUUCUGCGAUCGUGGACGAUCAUGGCGUCGCAGCAGCAUUUGGAGAAGAUGCAGCUUCGCCAGAACUUCCGUAAUCUCUGGCAUACCGAUCUGAUGAGCACUAUUCAGGCUGACGCUCCGUAUUGCUGCCUUGCUUUAUGGUGCGGGCCAUGUGUAUCGUACUUGCUUCGCAAACGAGCUCUUUACAAUGAUAUGUCAAGGUAUGUAUGCUGUGCUGGUUAUUUGCCUUGUAGUGGCAGGUGUGGUGAAAGCCGGUGUCCUGAAUUUUGUCUUGCCACUGAGGUUUUCUGCUGCUUUGGAAAUUCAGUGGCCUCUACCCGCUUCCUGUUGCAAGAUGAAUUUAACAUUCAAACAACACAGUGUGACAAUUGCAUUAUUGGUUUCAUGUUCUGCCUUCAACAAAUUGCGUGCAUUUUCUCCAUUGUUGCGAUGAUUGUUGGAAGUGAGGAAAUUUCAGAAGCUUCUCAGUUACUGUCUUGUUUAGCAGAAAUGGUGUAUUGCACGGUUUGCGCGUGUAUGCAGACGCAACACAAAAUUGAAAUGGACAAAAGAGACGGCAAGUUUGGCCCGCAACCAGUGAUGGCAGUGCCUCCUCAUCAGCAGAUGUCGCGAAUCGAUCAGCCAUUCCCUCCUUCGGUUGGAUAUCCACAGCAACCCGCUUACGGACAACCCUACCCAUAUCCACCUCCUCAGGCUCAAGGCUACCCACCUGCAGGAUAUCCUCCAGCAAACUAUCCACCUCCUGGUUAUUCUAGGUGAUUUGAAGAGAAAUUCGAUUGCUAGCCCAUAUGAUUAUUUAGCUGAGUUUCAUGUGGUUUGUGAGGUGGCCUUUCUGCAUUAGAUCUUAUUUACCUUUUCGAUUGGCAGACAUCAGGUUUCCUAUUAGCAUGGUGGUUGUUUUGAACUUGCUUUUGUUCAUAAUAGAAUUUAAACGAGAUGUAAUGUUAUAUUCAUGUCCAUUAUAAAUGCUAUGCUGCAUUCAGUAUGUGUUUAUGCUGCUACAUUCUGUAUGUAUUUAUGCUACAUUGAUUUUGACUGGUUAUUUGGGAAAUAAACUUUCAGUAUGUAUUUAUGCUACA